AAAGUUCACUAUAUAGAGAGCUCAGUGAGCUGAUCAGAGAGAAACCACUCUGCCAGCCCGCUCCUGCAAAUCGCAUUCACUUCCUAACCCCCCUUUUUAGCAUAUUUGAUCACUUUGAUUCUCUGUUCUUUCCCUUUUAUUAUCCACGUCGCAUGAAGGAGGUUCUAUAGGUUGUGAUCUUCUUUUUUUUUUUCAUUAUCUGUGCUGCCGGAGAGUUGCCGCUUUAUAUGCAUCUGAGCCUGUCCAACCGCAAGAAGAAGGAGCAGCAAGAAUUUAACAGUUGAUGGUUUCCCCGGACUUCUGAACUACAGGAGAUCGGCCGCUCCCUGCUCUCCAAGAAGUCUGCCGUUGUCAUUGUAAUCUUUAACCUUUUACUCCUUCUUACAUUUGAUGGGUUUCCUGAAUGGCUGACUGUGAGCUGCCCUGGACCUGGCCCCCAGACACUCGUCUUUUCUUCAAGUAUUCUACAGCAUACCAGGUUUAGAAUUCGUAAAAGCUUUUUUUUCUUCUGCUUGCCGAACAUUCGACUGCUCCUGAUUUACUUUGAUAUUUUUGUUUUGUCGUUUGUCUGUUUGUUUGUUUGUUUGAAAAAAAUCUGCUGGCCGAACCAAAACAAAGAAGAAAGGGGAGUACGAAGUUCGUAAACGCUGUCCAAUAGAUAUGGCAAUGGUAGUUGGUGCGUGGCGAGACCCUCACGACGAUGUGGCUGCGGCUCAGGGAACUCAGCCUUCGCAAGCCCCACCAGGACCACAGACCGGGGCCCCUCACACACCCCAGACGCCAGGACAAGGCGGUCCCCCUACAACUCCUGCCCAGUCUAACCAGACAAACCAGCCCAACCAGCAAAGCCAAGCGGACAAGCAACAGCACAUUGAAUGUGUGGUGUGUGGGGACAAGUCUAGUGGUAAACAUUACGGCCAGUUUACCUGCGAGGGCUGCAAGAGUUUCUUCAAAAGAAGUGUUAGAAGGAAUUUGACUUACACUUGUCGUGCCAAUAGGAACUGUCCCAUAGACCAACACCACCGCAAUCAGUGUCAGUACUGCCGCCUCAAAAAAUGCCUCAAGGUUGGCAUGAGACGGGAAGUAUCUUCUCUAUUUACUGCAGCCGUCCAGAGGGGCAGGAUGCCACCCACACAGCCAACACACGGCCAGUUUGCGUUGACAAACGGGGAUCCUCUCAACUGCCAUUCCUAUCUGUCUGGAUAUAUCUCACUACUUCUGAGAGCUGAACCUUACCCGACUUCUCGCUUUGGCAGCCAGUGUAUGCAGCCCAACAAUAUAAUGGGGAUCGAAAACAUUUGUGAACUAGCUGCAAGGAUGCUUUUCAGUGCAGUGGAGUGGGCCCGGAAUAUUCCAUUCUUUCCAGACCUGCAGAUCACAGACCAGGUGGCACUCCUGCGGCUGACCUGGAGCGAAUUAUUUGUGCUCAAUGCUGCUCAGUGUUCCAUGCCCCUCCAUGUAGCCCCUCUCCUGGCUGCUGCUGGCCUCCAUGCUUCACCCAUGUCAGCGGAUCGAGUGGUGGCAUUCAUGGACCACAUACGUAUAUUUCAAGAACAAGUAGAGAAGUUGAAGGCACUGCACGUCGACUCUGCAGAGUACAGCUGCUUAAAGGCUAUAGUAUUGUUUACUUCAGAUGCCUGCGGCCUCUCUGAUGUAGCCCAUGUGGAAAGUUUGCAGGAAAAAUCGCAAUGUGCUUUGGAAGAGUAUGUAAGGAGUCAAUACCCCAACCAACCUACGCGCUUUGGAAAGCUAUUACUUCGUCUCCCCUCCCUUCGCACGGUCUCCUCUUCUGUCAUAGAACAAUUAUUUUUCGUACGUUUGGUAGGUAAAACUCCAAUAGAAACCCUCAUAAGGGAUAUGUUACUUUCUGGAAGCAGCUUUAACUGGCCGUAUAUGUCAAUCCAAUAAACACAAAACAAAAUGAAUAACAAAAUGAGGGUAAAGAAAGGAAGCAAAGACGCUGAGGUCUUGGUUGUUAAUUUCCUUCUGCUAAAGGAGGACGCAACUCUGUUACAAGUUUACUUUUGGAAGAGUGAAAGGGAGCUUUUUAAAGGACUGAAUUUAAGAAGUAAGACUUUCAAAGAACUUUUACAGAAUGCAUUAGAAACUCAUGUGUCGUUCUGAACAACUUGCUACUUAUUAUUAUUAUUAUUAUUAUUAUUAAUAUUUUUUGUAAAAAGGAAAUCUAGUCUUUUUAUUUUAUUUUUUUUUUAUUUUUUAUUUUUGAAAGCUUUUGAAAAUAUCGAUAAAAGUGCAUUUAAUGGAAAUGUGGAAAAUAGCAGUCAGAAAAGUAAGUUUCCCCAAAACAUUAUAAAGUGUCCUGUGUCUAUGUAUCUAUAGUUGUUUUUUUGUACUUUUCUGGUUCCAAACCAGUUUAUUCUGUGAUUCUAUAAUAAUUUUUGAUAUAAAGUUGAUUCAUUAAAUAAAAUGUGUAUCAUGUAAAAUAUAUGUUCUACAAGAAUUAAAACUGAAUCCACUAAAAGCUGAUAGUAAAAAUGAACAGAAAAAGAAAGAAACUUUCACAGAAGGCAGUAGUGGAAGUGCACUUACAGGUGAUGACCAAUGAUUUUUAUUGGAGGGUGGGUGGUAGAUAGAUAUUAAACAACAGACCUCUAACAAGCCAGAUACAGUUUACCCAUUAACUGCUCUUAUGGAAAACAAAUCACUGAAAAUGAGAAAGACACCCUAGUCAUUGUGGUUGCACACAACUGAAUCUCAGAUAAGUCACAUUAACAAAAUAUGGCAUAUGUGUAAUUAUACAUUUCUUUUUAAUUAGUUCUUGUUGCAGCGCUAGGAAGAUCCUAUAGUUGCUGUGUAUUCCAUCCCACAUGUAUAUUAUUAUUAUUACUAUUAUUUUUAUAUUUGCCCUUACAAAUGCCAAUUAAAUCAGCAUGACAAAUAUCAGUGUUUGGCACUUAUAGAUAAAGUGACUGAUUCAGUAUCUUAGAGUUUACAGUCUUGUGUUAAAAACUGAAGUUUUUUUUUCUUUAUUUUUUAAGUGCAACAUUUCUGUAUACUGUAAAAAGUUAUAAAUGAGUUGUUUGGUCAAGUUAUUGUGUGUUAUAUUCCAAGGAAUAUUGGAAGUAUUCUGAAAUUAAAAUAAUAUUUGAUAUCUGAAUCUCA